CCAGGAAAAAAAAUCAUAAACAAAUCAUCUUUGGUAGAACACUAAUUCCAAACGAUUGUCGCGGUACAAGGCUGCAGUAAUCAAUUUGCAACGGUUGAAAUAUCCGGAAAUUAAACGUUUUUAUUAAACAAUGGCUGGCUUUAAUCCGGUGGACAUGGUGGAAGAGGAUGCGGCCGACUUGCAGUUUCCUAAAGAAUUCGAAAGCGCCGAAACUCUUCUGAUCAGUGAAGUUCACAUGCUUCUGGAGCAUCGAAAGAAUCAAAACGAAUCCUCAGAGGAAGAACAAGAGUUUUCCGAAGUGUUUCACAAAACAUACACCUACACGAACGAAUUCCGUAAAUUUCGCAACAAGGAAACCAUUGCGAGCGUUAGAAGUUUGCUCAUGCAGAAAAAACUUCACAAGUUUGAACUCGCAGCACUGGGAAACCUUUGCCCAGCUUCGCCGGAAGAAGCAAAAGCUCUUAUUCCCUCGCUCGAGGGUCGCUUUGAGGAUGACGAACUGCAACAGAUAUUGGACGACAUCGGCACAAAACGCAGUUUGCAAUACUAAUCCUUGAGCAUCCUACGUUUCUUAGUAGGGCACAUUGUAACUAAAUGCAUCAGCCAAUCCCGUAACUGUAAAGUGAAUAGCGAAAUGCAAAGAUACAUCAAAUAACAA